CCAAGCUGCAGUGUCAUGUGCCAGUAACGCAACAAGCAUCUGGAGGGGCUGCUGGUUGUGCCAAUGCCAGAUGAGGUUGAUAGGCUGUGUUUCUGUUCUCUGGUAUGGAGCACAAACCUAAAAGAAAAUGCUAGUGCAGUUGAGGAAAGGAGAAGCACAAAGCAGAAUUCUCCCAUCUCUAGUUUUGCAGAGCUUUGACCAGUUGCAGCUGAUUCUGACCUUUCCUAAAGAGCAACAGCCGCUGUACCAGAAGUCAGUGUAGAAUUUAGAACCAAAUCAUGUUUGUUGAGGUAACAUUUUUAGCUGUCUUUAGUGUCUUCAAUUCAUGGUUGUCACGCUUCGCAAUGCAAACGCCCUGGAGAGGCCAGAGCCUUACUUUACUUUUGAGAUUUUCAAAACGCCACAUACGAAUCCCAAAACUCCCUGACAGGUAAAGGUUGAAAGCUCGAGAGGAUAAAAAGGACCAACUUUGCCGCAAUACAUUUAGCCUUCCUGUUAUCUGCUGAGAGUCUGACCCUCUGUUGCUGUCUCUCAGCCUCAGUGCACCACAGUCAUGUAGAAAACAGUUUCAAAUCCCUUGCGCUCAGUGGAAGUACUUCAUCAUAAUAGAUGAAACUGAAAAAAGCCGUAAAAUUGUUCCGUUUCCGGCUGAUCUCUCAGUACAUCACUAUUUUCUUUGAACAAUCUUGUCCACAAUGCUUCCAAAGUAAAAUUUCAAUUCAAUUUGUGCUUAAGUUAAGUUCAUAGCUCGUGACCCAGACACCGUUGGACCAGAAGGCAGGACCUCGGCUAUCUGUAAUCUGAAACUGGCUUUGACAGGUGGAAGCAGGACUAAUCUCCAGCUUCGGUAACACAUUGCAUCAGACUGUCGCUAAUUGGAUUAAGGAGGGGAACCAAAAAAAGAAAAAAAAAGUCGUCCGGGCGAACGCCUCAGUCCUGUUUUAGCAUUGAUCAACUCCUGAUGAUUCUAUCGUUAACAGUUUUGAAGCAUCGUUUGUCUCGAAGCUUCCUACAUUUGUACACACGGUUCUGAUCAGAAAGGUUGAGAGUUGAUUAACAAAAGGCGAGUUGCUUCCAUUCACUUCUUCCAACGUUAGCAAACGAAGUAAAAUAGAUUAAAUGACGAGAAAAGAUCAACACGGGACUUGGACGCCUCCUGCGUCCAGCUGUUCUGUUGCUAUGUUUCCUGAGGAGCGACCUCAUUAGGAUCGGAUUUUUAGCCCGGUUCUCAACAGUGAUGCCAUGGAAACGUUUCAGCGGUUUGAGGACUGAAUGAGUGUUUUGCUUCAAAGGAGGCAGACAAUGUUCAAACUCCAUUUGUGUGGUAUGUAAGAUCCACACAAAUGGAUUUAAUUUGCUUCAAAUCGUCCAAAGUAAUACUUGGGGAUGCAUUUAAAUGAGGGCAAUGCAAUAUGUCAAAUGGGACUUUUUCUUUUUUUUUGCAACGUUAAUGCCGUGAAUCACAUGGGAGGCAGUGUUUGGAAGGAUUUUGUAUUUUAAGUGUCUUUUGUACAAACUCUGCACGCAGAUGACACUUCUAGCCUGUUAAUUGAAUCUCACAGGGAUAAAUUCGAUGCAUAUUUUUUGUGGCUGAGAUGCUUACGCUCCCAUAGAAGGGUGGGAACGUUGCGAUGAAACAAAAGAGAGGAGGGGGAAAGAAACAAAAGUCAGAUAAGGUCAAAUUGCCAUAAUCAGCGUUGUUAUUGCGUCUGUUAGGGUUGCUUUGAAUAGGAAAUCGAGUUUAUUCUUGCUACCAACCAAAAAUAAAUGUAGUGGCAGAUUUCACCCGGGUGGUUGUCAGUGUGUGGCAACGAGUCGAGCAGUCCUGCAGUUUGUGAAACCGCAUCUUCAAUUCGUUUCACUAAUGACAGUAACUGGCCUAAUUUCAAUAUUAGCAUUUCUUAGGAUCAUAGCCAGUGUUUUGGUCUAAACAAUUCAUUAUAUGGAUGAACAAUUUGUAUUAAUUUUGUAUUUUGUAGGCAGCAGAGACUUAAAAUGACUUUGGUGCAUUUGACUGAUGCAAAGAGUCGUCUGUCAGACCCCAGUUGCAAAUUAAAAUGACCCAGAAUCUGGGUAAAAGGGCCAAGGUUGUAGAGCUGUGUGAGGAUAAUUAACUGGAAACUGUGAAUCAUUGUCCACUGACAUCAUGGUCACAGCGACUGCCAUCUGAAAAGCAUACCCCCCCAGUACUUAAGUAAACCUCGCAUUCAGCCCGACCAAUGAUAUGCCAGCAUUUACAACUCCCCCCGGGUCGAGAAUGGGCCGGCAACGUUGAGAAGUGGAAGCUCCCUCCCCGCCCCCGUUACUUCCUUCUCUGUACCUUGGAAUCAUUUACGAGGCAUUUGCGAUGUACUUGACUUGCGUUUCCAGAGUCGCUAAAUCUGAUCUAAUUGAAAUCAUGCAGCUUGCUCAGCGGAGCUUGGGGAUUGUGUUUCGGCGGAGGGGAAGUCCCCAGCAGGUCGGAAAAGGCGUGACGUCAAUCGUGGGGUAUGACGGAGAAGCGGGCCUUGUAGGUGUGAAGCAUCUACUUCUGGAGAUGUUUGCUAGGUGAAUCUCUGGGGGAUCGUCACAACAUCUGGAAAGAGGCCGGGUCAGAGAGGAGCUUCCCCUAUAAUAAUCACCAGACCCUCCGCUUUGAAUUCCAGAUACACCGUAAGAGGCGAAGUGGAGGACAGGGUCGUGAAGUGCUUCCUUUCGCAUCAGCUCGGGUCAUCCUUCUCAAGAAAACUUGGUCUCUGCCCAAGGGAGGCGUAACGUUUGAAUUGCUGAAAGCAUGUCUAAAGGAUGGAACAGAUACUCAUGUGUUUUCCAUCUCAUCAUGUGCUGCUACUAUGGAUUAGUGAUGCAUGCAGCUCAUGAGAAGAGACAAUGCAGCACCUCUGACUUACAAAAAUGAAGCAAACUGGGAUUAUGCCACAACAGUGAGGGGAAAAAGAGAAAGAAAGACAGAUUCCAGUUUUAUUUUCACAAAUGCCAUAUAAAAGUUUCACAAACUGAUUAGUGAAUAGAUGUUCCAAGCCUGACUCCUCAACAUAUUGGUGACUUUGUGCAUGUCUUAAUUCUGGAAAAAAAGAGAAAACAAUUGAAAUCAUGUACCCAUUUAUUUGUACACGUAAAAUAAUAGCUUCAUAUGUCUGAAACUAUGAUUUUUAUAGAGUCUAUUGUUCAGUGCACAAAUAUCCCAACAAGUUUUUUUAUCGGUCCAAACGCUGAUCAAAUGUGGUCAAUGCAUGCUUUGUCUUCUAUACAUCCUCAGCAGAAUCCAGUGACCAUGCUGGUUGUACAUAGGACAAUGCUGCAUCGUCAUUCUCUUAGUCAUUCCUGCGCACUGCCAGACAGCCUACUGCAAGAAGACUAGUAUUAUUUCUCUAGCGUUUCAAAUACAUUUAGGUGAAGUAUAUUUUUUUCCCCAAAAAGUUGUGCUGUGUCUUUUGUUUGUGACAAGUCAGCUUUCUUUCCGCACACACCACCACUAGUGGGAAGCCAGUCGAGCUGCUGCAUGAAGGACUUAAAGGCGGUGGAGGCCUUAUUCAGUGAUUUUGUCAUUGAGUGUUUUCUUGAUUAAUCAUUUCUGGUCGGCUUUGGAGGCCACAUCCUUUGUUGAAUAUUAGGGUGUCAAGUUGAAAGCAAACCCGUUUAUAUCCAGUGUACCAGUGACUUCACCAGACAAAGGCACACGCUGAUGCAACAACUGAAAAACACUUUGCAAGACAGCCUGCACUAUGAAACACGCAUAGCUCAGUUAUCAAUCUUAAAGUGUCUCAACUAACCAAUCAGUUUUAAACGGCUCAUAAUGCUUAAGGUUCUGUUCUGUGACUGGACCAUAACCCCGGUAAUGACGCCUUGCUGUAUGGGUUCAGAUUUGCUUCGCCCUCCUCCCCAGUAGGUCUGAUUGACUUAAUCUUUUCCAUCACUGCUUCUUCAUCAAUAUUCAUUGCAGCAACAUCUGGGAACUUGGGAUCGUUUGUUAAUAUGCAUGCAUUCCGUUUGCGAAGUCUUUGGCUUGCCCUUCGACAAUGAAAGCAGAAGAUGCAGAAGUCUGCCUUUCUGCACACACUGAGAGAGAGAGAGAGAGAGAGCUGACGAGGCUUCAGGCAUAUGAAGAAGAAUCUUAAGAGUUGAUGAUGGUUGCGUCCCACUUAGCAUUUAUUUAAAGUUUUUCCUCUGUGUGAUUGAAUCGCUAAUGACCAGUCGAGGCACGUUUGUUACCCUGGCCAAAUGCAAGCAAUAUCCGGGGAUAACUAGGGUCCUGUGGUUCAGGUCUGUCAUUAUUUCAAACCAAACCGGAGCGCUUUAAUUAAAGUCGGACAAGAGGGGAGUUUUAAUCUAAAGAAAAGAAUUUACAAACGUGACAAGAGCAAUUUAAAUAUAUCCCUUUCUUCUUGUUUUCUGGGUAUGUAGCAAUUAAGGACUAAGAACUAACCAAAGCUAUAGAAAUAGAGAGCCAAAGUUGCAUAAAAUAGUCUUUAUUAGGACCGAAAGGUGUUGCAACCUCAUAAUACAAAUGAACAGCAUCCAUGUUAACUCGGGGAAUUAGCCAUUUUGCUGUUUGCCUUGCAUGUGCGCAUCCUGCAACAGAUCCACUCACUUGAGGCAUCGAUGUGUCAAACUGUGUCCUGGGUGUCCUUAAGCUCCUCCGUGGCGCUGACUGUCAGACAGCAUCCAUCUGGGAAGGAAGAUCUGUGUGCACUGCAAGUGUCGGCGUGAAGAGCAUGCAGUGACAGCCAUGCCGGUGGAAAUGGAGAAGACUGUCACCAAGCUGAUGUACGACUUCCAGAGGAACUCGACCUCGGACGACGACUCGGGCUGUGCCCUGGAGGAGUACGCCUGGGUGCCGCCGGGACUCAAACCGGAGCAGGUUCAUCACUACUACAGCUCGCUGCCCGAGGACAAGGUGCCCUACGUGAACAGCCCAGGAGAGAAGUACCGCAUCAAACAGCUGCUCCACCAGCUCCCGCCUCACGACAAUGAGGUACGCUACUGCAACAGCCUGGAUGACGAGGAGAAGCGCGAGCUCAAGCUCUUCAGCAACCAACGGAAACGAGAGAACCUGGGCCGCGGCAACGUGCGCCCGUUCCCCGUCACGAUGAUGGGGGUCAUCUGUGAGCAGUGUGGAGGCCAGAUAAACGGCGGCGACAUCGCUGUGUUCGCAUCUCGAGCCGGCCACGGUGUGUGUUGGCACCCCGCCUGCUUCGUGUGCAGCACGUGCAAGGAGCUCCUGGUGGACCUCAUCUACUUCUACCAGGACGGGAAGAUCUACUGCGGCCGGCACCACGCCGAGAGACUGAAGCCUCGCUGCACGGCCUGCGACGAGAUCAUCUUUGCGGAUGAGUGCACCGAGGCGGAGGGCCGCCACUGGCACAUGAAGCACUUCUGCUGCUUCGAGUGCGAGACGGUGCUGGGCGGCCAGCGGUACAUCAUGAAGGAGGGCCGGCCCUACUGCUGCUCCUGCUUCGAGUCUCUCUACGCCGAGUACUGCGACUCGUGUGGGGAGCACAUCGGAAUUGAUCAAGGUCAGAUGACGUACGACGGGCAGCACUGGCACGCCACCGAGGGCUGUUUCUGCUGCGCCCGCUGCAAACGCUCCCUCCUCGGUCGGCCUUUCCUGCCCAAACAGGGGCAGAUCUUCUGCUCGCGCUCCUGCAGUCUGGGGGAAGAACCCAACGGCUCGGAUUCCUCCGACUCGGCCUUCCAAAGCGCUCGCUCCACCAGGGAGUCCAGGCGCAGCACCAAGACGUCAAAGAGCGGCGGGGGCGCGCCACCGGAGAGGCACUCUGGCGAGGUGGACCCUCUGUCUUUACAAAUGGACCUGCUCAGUCUCUCCAGCCAGACGCCCAGUUUGACUCGCGAGCCGCCUUCCUGGCAGAACCAGGAGCAAGUCUGCGACGGCUACGAGCCGCAACCCGACCCGACAGCCGACCCCACCCCGCUCCAGAUCCUCAGCCAGUGCAACGUAAGGAGUUCCUGCAGCAACGCUUCCCCCGGACAGAGUAACCAGCAGCACGAUCACAGGAUCGUUGAGAACGGUGGUCUGAAGCGGCCCCCCAUCUCCGCCAUGAAGGGCCAGUCUUUCAACGAGAGCUGGCUCCAGCCGGCAGCUCCAGAGGAGUACUACCCACCCAAACUGAGGACCCAGAAGAGCUUCGCCGAACUGCAACACAACGGAUUUUCCUCGGACAAGCGUUCGAUCAGUUUGCACGGAUUUCAGAGGGACAGAGACGGAGGGGCUCAGACAACUGCUCAGGUGGCGAGGAGCAGGAAUCCCAUUAAUGCACUUAGCUUCACAGAACAGCUGACCCCACUGGAGCAGACCCCCAGAGGUUCCAUGGAGUCCCUGGCUUUGUCCAAUGCUACAGGUAACUCGGCUGAUGGCGGGGGAAAGACUCAGGAUCACCUGUCUCGUUUCUCCAUGCCCGACCUAAGCAAAGACUCGGGAAUGAAUGUGUCAGAGAAAAGCAACAUGGACACCCUGAACUCGUCCACGCAGUUCCGUAGCUCCGAGUCUAUUCACAGCCUCAACGCCAGCCAGCCCUACCUGGAAAUGAACCCAGCCAGGUCUUCCCAGUACCAGAUGCAGUAUUGCGACCCCUCAGGAAUGAGAGUCAGUGCUGCCAUGACUCAUUUACCUCCUGCCUUCGCCUACCAGGAGGAGGACAGGAUGGUCAGCAGCGCCAAUGCCGCACGCCUGCCGCCCAUCAGCGAAUGCAGAGUGAGCGGCGUCGGCGUACGGGGGGCAAGCGUCCGGACAGACGCCGCAGAAGACACCCCUCAGAAGCGUCGGCAUCACCAUCACCGCCAAAGACGAUCCCGCCGCUCUCGGUCUGAAAACGCUCUAAACUUGGUGGCCGACCGCAGGGUAAGACCCCAAGACAGGCCCCAGCUGAGCGUGCGAGAAGAUUAUGAUCGCUUCCCACCGCCCAGGAGCGCCGCGAGCCAGUUUGGCGCCGGAGGACGGGGACGAUACCAGCCCCAACUCUUCAGGCAGUGUCCCCGGACCACUUCAGACCUUUGUCUGCAGAACCCCGCAGAAAACAGGCGCACUGGAUUGAGCCAGUACUCCUGGGACGAGUAUUACGACGAUGGCUGGUGCUCCACUUGCUCCUCGUCCUCUGAGUCUGAGGACGAGGGCUACUUCCUGGGCGAGCCCAUCCCCAGGCCCAUUCAGCUGCGCUACAUCAACAACCAGGAGAUGGUUCACAAGUACAACAACGCAGGAAUUGGAGGGCAGCUGCACACGCGCAAACGCAGGAAAAGCAAGAACUGCAUUAUUUCUUAACAUCCGGAUCUUUCCUACUGGACACCUCUUUUUGUUUAGCUUGAGUACACUAACACCCUCUAUUAGGAACAAAGAAAAGUUGCGUGUUUGAGUGCGAGUUAUCAAGUAGUUGAAAGUCGGCAAUGAAUCAAAGCUGGCAAAUCAUGAAACGGCACUAACGUUUUGCAUGGUUCAUCAUUUUAGUAUUUCAUAUUUCCAUGUGCAGUUUUAUACGCGUUUAUCAAAAGCUGAUGUGCAAUUUCUCUUAAACAUUGUUUUCUUUCUUUGCUACAAAGAGGAACAUAAUAAAGUCGGUUUGGUACAGUUUUAUGUUUUCAGUCAGUGUGACCUAGAUGUAGGAUGGAUCUUAUGUUCUGCUAAAGUUCAUAACCUGUACAUAGAUAAAUGGAGUAUUAAUUUCACCUAAAUUAAAAAAUAAAAAGGCACUGUAAAUAUGAUUGUAAAUGUGGGCCCAUAUUUUUAUAUUUUGUAAAGAUGGACUGAGGUAAAUAUCUGUAAUGUAGCGCUAGAACGUAACAAAAACAACUCAUCCAUCGUGCUGUCUGGCUGACUUGGUGCUGCAUUUGGAAUAAAGGAGUAUUUCAACA